AGCCAGUUGAGCGGCUGGAGAGGGGAGAGAGAGGCUGAACUGUGCGGCGGUGGAAGAUCAGCGAUCGCUGGCGUGAACAUGGCGGAGACCGUACGCUCGCUCUUCGACUACCGGGAGACACACAGCCUGGACAGCGACGGAGAAGGCGUCAAACCGGCACCACCACUGCGGGGGCGUGGCUGUGGAAGGAAAAGGAAAGGGACACCCGUGAAAGUCUUUGUUACACACACUGAGGAGGAGAACGUGCCUGAACACAGCUUCAACCCAGGUGAUCGUAAGGAAGCAGCAGAGAAUAAACGGCCCACACUGGACGGGCCUUUCUACAACACAGAGCCUGCUCCUCACAACUGCAGUCUAUCGGAGCAGGCUCACGACAAAGUCUCCAAUGCAUCCAAGACCAGCUCCUGCUCAGCCUCUACACCAGCUCCAGCUCCAGCUGCCUCCUCUGCCCCAACCCCAACACCAGUCCCGGCUCCUGCCCCGGCCACAGCGACUUCAGCUCAGGCCCCGUCUCUGACCCCUGCGUCCACAGCUCCGGCCGCCCCAACAGCCUCUGCUCCAGCCCCGACAGCCAGCUCCUUCCCUCCUUCCCCUAACUGUCGCAUCAGAGAGGUCCACUGUGGCAGCCAGGUGCGACUGGUUGUAAUCGCCAUCCGAGACAUCACCAAGGGAGAGGAGAUCACUGUGGACUACAGCCUGACAGAGUGGGGAGAGAACCUGGGUUUCCGUGGUACUGUAUCUCCAGCGCAACACGAGUGUAACUCUGACACUGAGAAUAACAGCAGUAUCAAAAAGGAGGACGAGCCCCUCUCUCUCACAACCCAGCAGCAGCGGCAACAACAGCAGCAACAGCAUCAGGAGUACGUCACCCCCUCAUGGUCUCUCUCCCCCUCCUCCUCCCCCAUCUCCCACUCUGAUGCCAGUGACUCAGACGCAGGGGAUGAGGACAACUCCAGCCCCCGGGGACGCGCACCACGUCGGCGCAAGAAACGGCGCGGCACUCCUUCAAAGAAAAAGACCCCCCAUCGGACCCCACCCGGGCGUCAGCCACCACUCUCCUCCGGCAGUGUUCCUCAUCACAACCGUCCACUUCCCUCAUCCCACCCUUCACCACAGUCGUCUCCUCCCUGCUCGCCUUCCUCCUCUUCUUCAGCUAAGCCUGUGUUCAAAACUCCAGCUCCGCUGGGCCCCAACAGCACAAGCAACGUCAACACAAAUGUCCCCAGAGGAGGAGUGUCCAUAGACUCCAUGCGCCAAACCUGCGAGUACUGUGGACGUCACUUCCGCUCCUUGGGCCGCCAUUUAGACAAACAUCAUGCCCACCAACCAGACGUGUGCUCCGCCCUAGUGGAGCGCUACACACAGAUGCCCCGCCUGCAUGCACAGAGCACAAACUCCGCUGCAGUUCACACUCAGCAGCAUUCAAAGUCGUCACAGGCUGCGACACAGAGCCGCAGCUCAGAACUUCCACAGAGUGGUGUCCAGGACCUCUCCAUGUCUCCACCUACUCUCACAGCGGCCAACCAAUCCCCUGCCUCCUCUGGAAGAAACUCCACCCCACCUGUGCUGACUCCUCCGCGAGGACAGAACGCAGUGCCAGUGUCUGUCUUAAAGAGGAGCCCACCCCCUGUGGCUGUGCCCCCGUCCAGGAAGGGGGGAGUGAGGAGGCUAAAGAAAGACAGACAGGAGGAAGAGGAUGAGGAGGAUGAAGAUGAAGAAGAUGUAGAGGUAGUGGAGGUAAAGAGGCCCAAAGAAGAGGAGGAUGUAGAGGUGGUGUGCCCUCAGUCCUUCAGCAGCAAGUCGGCCAAAGAGAUGGACCCACCAAAAGAAGAGGAAGAUGAGGAGGAUGAAGAGGAAGAGGAGGAGGAGGAGGAGGAGGAGAAUGGAGUGAUGGAGGUGGAAGAUGAAAGUGGGACAGAGGAUAAGGAAAAGGACCUGCUGAGUGGUUCAGGGCGUCACCACAUGCUGCCCCUCCUCUCGUCCUUGUCCUCUCUGGUUCUGUACCUCCGUCGGCUGCAGCACUCAGCCUUCUUGUCCCUAUCUCGGCAGCUACAGUCAGCUGAAGCCUGGCGCCUUCUCUGUCACUCCAGCCUGGCGCUCCUCAUCCUGUACAAUCGACGACGUGAGUGUGAGGUCUCCAAGCUGUCCAUCGCUGAAUACCGAGCUCGCAUCACUCCCCAGUGCCCUGUGCCUGUCCCGCCUGGUGCCCCUCCGGCUCUCACCCCACUGGAGGCUUCCCUGUCCCCCUUUGAGCGCCUGGUGCUUCCCCACCUCCCUCGAGUAGGGGUCCAGGGUAAACGUGGACGCAUCCAGCCCCUCAUUCUCCCCCCUCACUGCGAGCCCUGCCUGGAGCUCCUCCUGCAGACACGGCAAGAUGUGGGAGUUGACCCCACAAACCCGUAUGUCUUCGCCAGGCCCUACCACUCCCCUGCCACACCACUGCGAGGCACCGACCUCCUCCGCAGCUUGGCCCGCUCCAGCGGUACCCGCAACCCUCGAGCCCUGACACAGACCAGGGUUCGGCGCCAGGUAGCAAUUCUGACCCAGUUGCUGCUUCUUGGAGAGGGAGAGGAGCCCGGGCAGCUGGGAGGCAACGCUGUUGAGAGGCUGGAGCACUUCCUGGAGAGAGAAUACCAUGUGACGCAGAACUGUGCCGGAAUUGGCCAAGACCCAGGCCUGAUGGGCAGAGUGGGCCGGGUUGUGCUGUGUGGAGAGAGAGACGGAGUGCUGUUCAGAGGAAUGAGCCUGAACCACAUCUGCUUGGAACUGGAUGUUAUGUCAGGAAACUCUGCAGACUCGUACUCAGAGGGAGAGUCCGAAGGUGAACAGAUGAAGGAGAAGCCCGAGACGCCCACCCCCGCUCCCGCCCCGACACCGACACCAACACCCACCCUGCUGUAUGUCAGGAAGGGCAAGAACAACGGGCGUGUGGGACGACCCAAGAAGCUCAAGAACACCCAGCCACCCCCUCCACCGCCCCCACCUCCACUUGUCAACCGCAAGAGAGGCUCAGGUCAGCCCAAAUCAGGAAAGCGUGGCGUCCUGAAGCGUCCCUGGUCAGAGGCGGAGCGCGCGGCAGUCGAGGAGCACCUGACCCAAAACAUCACAGAGCUCCGUGUCCCCGCAAAGGCUGACUGUGAGCGCUGCCUGCAGCAGUGCCCCUUACUGGUCAGCAACCACCGUGACUGGCGAGCCAUCAAGUUCUACUGCCACAACCGCAUUCAGCUGCUGAAGAAAAACCAGCGGCGUGAAAGCGAGCCGCAGCCCCUCACUGUCUGCUGAGAGGAGAAGCAGUCGGGGGGGCAGGGGGAAAGGAGGGUAGAGCCUAGUAGAUGUCUGGUGUGGUGCAGCUGAUCAGAGCAGAUUCUCAAAUGGUACCCUGCUGCCCAGGAAAUGCACUAAUUUUGAGAGGACGGUCCUAAAUUUCACUCCACCAUUCUGGUAGUGUGGUUUGUUUUCAACAUCUAAUUUGAUGAGUGAUGGCAUUUUUAUUUUUAGCCACACAAGAACAUAAAUUCAAGUCACUUUUUUUGCUGCUUUACUUUAAGGUCUUAAAAUUACACUAGAGUCUUUAUGGUGCUCCUGGUUUGAGGGUUACAGUGCGAGUCUUGUCGAAAGCAGUGCGCUUGGACGGGUGCCGUUUGAGACAUGCCUUUGGGGACUUCAGAGACCACGACGCUGGCUGCAGCCUGUGUCGUGUUGUAUAUGGACUUUUUUUUUUUUUCUCCUUCCAAAACGGAUACACUAGACUGAAAUGUAAACAAGGGAGGCGAACGAGCCCUACAGUGUUGUUAUAUGAACGUCGUGAAGUAGCAUUAGUGUUUUAUGCACUUGGAGACGUUAAUAGGACAAGUGGCCUGUGCUUGGGCCACACUUUUCUUAAUAGUGGCUUUAUAAUUAGAGUAGGCCUAUCUAACAGCUAACCUAGAAGAAUAGCCAGAUCUCUGUUGUAACAAGCUACUUCCUUCAUGCAGCUGUGCAAUUCUUACCUUGGUUUCAUUAUAUGUAGAUCCUUAAUUUACAGGUAAGGUACUAGGUAAUGAAUCAGUUACUACUUUUGCGGUUAGUAUUAAGUUUUUCUGUACUGAAAUGGAACACAUUACGAUGAAGAUGAUUUUUUUCGACAAACUCCGCAGCGGGAGUUGUGGGUUUCAUGUGAGAGACAAUUAAAUGGCGUCAGAAUGUUGAGAUGUUACUUUUGUAUACCUAAGAUGUUUAGUCAAACUACAAAGCCCAGAAACAUUAGAACUGUUCUGAAACCUGUUGGACUUGUGUCCUCUUUCCCAAAAACAGGUACAGAAAAUAUGUCAGCAGCUACCAUUUCCCCCCCCCAGGAACAGUAUAUUUAUGUUUCUUAUUGUUUGUUGUUGUUUUGUUUUUUUUUUUGCCUGUUGCACAUUUGUUAUUCAAAGCAGUAAAAAGGUGCUAUAGGCCAAUAAGCUGGAUAUCACUUUAUAUGUGGAAAAGAGAUUCCCGUCGGUGGUGUUAGAAGUCUCUUAAAAAGUGGGCAUUUAUCAGAGAAGUGAUUGUUCUGUGUCGCCAUGUUUGUUGCAUUGUCUGUGUUGUCUUUUCCAACGGCUAGAGCUCCUCCUGUCCUUUCUGUCCUUUCUGUCCUUUCCCAGCCACACUACACAGUUUGCAGCUCAACCAGAUUUUUGGUUUCUUUUCAGCGAUGCUGGAAAUCUGUGUCCAUAGGACUAAAACCUCCAUGAAACCUCAAGACAGAUACUUGAAGUUAAUUUAAACCUUUUGCAGAAUCCUUAUGUUCUUUCUUGCUCUAGCCUUGCCAGUUACACUGUACAUAACAAAUAUAUUAUCAUUAUGCUAACUGGUCGUUUGUGCUAGACUAUAUGUAGCUUUUUUCCAUUUCUGAGUUAUUGCUAUCUGUACAUAAGCCUGUUUGUAAAUACUCCUCAGAGAAACAAAGAAAAAACACAAUGUAUGACAUGCCUUGGUUAUUGUGUUAUGUUUUUUCUUUUUUAUAAGUCUUAUAAAAAUUUAAAGCUCUA